AUGGGUAGUGGCCAAGUGCAAGGUACAGGUAGCAGUGCAUCGAACACCUCACUGAAUACGAAUACCGUCUACAACAAUAACGGUCAAGCAUCAGUUCAGGUCAGUGGCAAAGGUGAUGCCACUGGCCAUAAUAAGACAUACGCAAUCAAUAUCGAUACUAAUGGACAGUUGUCGAAUCCGAAUGGCGUCAAUAAUAGUGAGAAUUUUCUAGAGUAUUUAACGUUCCUAGAUGAAAUCGUUGGGAAUAACUAUAAUACGUUGAAACAACUCUCAUUCAACUAUGAAUAA